CCCUAACCCUUCACCAUGGCCACUUAUAAGCUGGUGCUGAUCCGGCACGGCGAGAGCGCCUGGAACCUAGAGAACUGCUUCAGCGGCUGGUACGAUGCCAACCUGAGCCCAGCGGGCCAUGAAGAGGCAAAGCGCGGAGGGCAGGUGCUGCGAGAUGCUGGCUAUGAAUUUGACAUCUGCUUCACCUCAGUGCAGAAAAGAGCAAUCCGGACCCUUUGGACAGUACUGGAUGCCAUUUACCAGAUGUGGCUGCCAGUGGUGAGAACUUGGCGUCUCAAUGAGCGGCACUAUGGAGGUCUGACUGACCUUAAUAAAACAGAAACUGAUGCCAAGCAUGGUGAGGCUCAGGUGAAGGUUUGGAGGCACUCCUAUGAUGUCCCACCACCUUCAAUGGAGCCUGACCAUCCCUUCUAUAGCAACAUCAGCAAGGAUCGUAGGUAAGCAGACCUCACUGAAGAUCAGCUGCCUUCCUGUGAGAGUCUGAAAGACACUAUUGCCAGAGCUCUGCCCUUCUGGAAUGAAGAAAUUGUUCCCCAGAUCAAGGAGGGGAAAAGGGUCCUGAUUGCAGCCCAUGGCAACAGCCUCCGGGGUAUAGUCAAGUAUCUGGAAGGUCUCUCUGAAGAAGCUAUCAUGGAGCUGAACCUGCCAACUGGUAUUCCUAUUGUCUUUGAGUUGGAUAAAAACUUAAAGCCCAUCAAGCCCAUGCAGUUCCUCGGGGAUGAAGAGACCGUGCGCAAAGCCAUUGAAGCUGUGGCUGCCCAGGGAAAGGCCAAGAAGUGAAGACCACCAGGCACUACUCCCCUGCCCACCCAUUCGUCCGCAUCUCUCCACACACCUAUCACACUGACCGCAUCUGUAGGCAUCCUUUGUUGUAGCUGCAGAUGGGGGACCAGUGGCUCCCAUUUUCAUUUUAGCGUUUUUGCUCCUGCACCCGCUCCCUUGAUAGAAUCUAGUCAGAAUAGUACCUCUAGGACACGAGUGCUCAGUCCAAGCCCAGGGAAAGCUCUUCUUAUCCAGGAGAGUUGGGAGGUAGUAACUCUGUUUUUCCUAGUGCUUCUGCUUUGUUUACUAAGGACCUGUUUGAUAGGGGACAGGGAUAACCAUGCCAAGGCAUGACCAAUGAGGAGAGGCCCGAGCACACUGUGCUUCCAGGAGCCAGCCCUGCACUCUUCUAUAGUCAGUCACGGUCAGCGAGCUCAUCAUUCCAGUGGGAGAUGAAUGCAACCUGCAUGGUGACUAAAAAGCAAUUUCCUCCCUCACCCUAGAGGAGCUGGCUCCAGAAGGUUGGGAUUAAUCCUGAA